AUGGCCUGGCAUAAUUGGCAACGUUGUUCACUUUAUGCGGGGUUUCCAUUACGCGACGUUCACACUAUCGAGUGUCUACUGUUUCAUAACCCGUCCGAAGAAAAAGUAAUGCUCAAUAGGGUUACACCCCCUUUAAACGACGACGUAAGACUAUCAGUAGACGAUUACAGAAAUAAAUUGUACGAAAUUAUGACGGUCCAUCACAAUUCGCGAUCCGGAAAAAUUAUCGUGUCGAAAGCAAAGACAAGCACCGCAAAGACUGACGUCGCUAAGCCGGAAGUGAAGUCAAAAGUCUAUAAGGAAACCGACAGAUAUUUGAGAAAUCAUCGUUGUGUUGCAAAAGAGACGCCGUAUCAAUCGCAAUCGGAACCAAAGUUUCGUCCUUCGAAUAUGAAAUUUGUCAAAUCGACUUUAAACAUCAAAUCCGAUUCCAAAAUACCAAAAGACCAUCAAGAUCCGAAGCAGAGCCGUCAAAGAACUUUGACGAAAUCGCAAGGGGAUUCCAGCAACAUGACGAGAAUGUCUGACAAUCAAAACAAACACAGCAGCGUUAAUCUGAAUAGAGAUAAACAG